UUAUGAUCUUUUAUACCUAUUUGGUUGGUGGUUGGUACAUGAGGUGUAUGGUUGGUGCCUGUUCUGUAGCCGAGGCGAUUGGUAUCAAUAUCGAUGUUAUCAAUGUUUAUUUACUUCACAUUACCACUGUGUAAAAAGUGCAAAUAGACUGACAUUACCAUGAUGUUUGACAUGAAAUUAGAGCCCGAAGGCUUGGAAAUAUGUCGUGGCUGCCUCAGCUCAGAUAGGAAGCUAUUUUCUGUGGCUACCGACGAUUUACGCCCCCUUCUUACAGAAGACCAAUCACUAGAAUUGGAUCAUCAGGCAAGCGUAACUCUGUGUUGGGAGUGUCUGGCUCUGCUGCGCAAGACCCGCAAAUUCCAGGGACAGGUACAGAGGGCACACGCGAUUCUGCAAGAAUCCUUACAACUUCCACCAGCAAAACCUACAUUGUCUUCUCUUUCUGUCCACCAAAAGUUUGAAUAUGAUGCGGUUUUUGAAGAAAGCACACCUACUGAACUAUCAAUUUCUUACGAAACACCAGAAACUUUUAUUGUACCAACAAAAUACAAAACUAAAGGUACUAAAAGCAGUAUAGAAAAUGUUAAAACUCUUAAAGUUGUUCUUAAUGAUAUUUAUGAAAAUGUGAAAUUUAAUAAUAAUAUUAAAAUUGAACAUCCCAAUACUGAUAGUGAUGCUGACGAUAAUGAGUAUUUUGAACCUGAUGAUGGAAAUUUCAGUUCAUGUGAAGAUACUACAGAAACCAAAAUUGAUCCUCAAGAAAGUUUACGAGAAGUUGCUAACAAUACAGUAGUAAAACAUUCAAAGAAACAAAAGAGAUCAAAAUUAACUAAAGAAAUUUCAAUAAUGAAAACUCCUGCAAUACUGAAAACAGCAAUUGUUAAAAAAAUUAAACUGCCAAUAAAAAUAAAAAAUACUAACUUGAUUGAGAAAUGUUCUAAUGAAAUAGAAAUUGGCACUACAAAUAACAUAGAUAAUAGUACAAAAGUAGAAAAUGAUAAUAGUGAUGAAGGCAGUCAAGAUGUCAAGGCUGUUGCUUCAAAAAGAAAAAAACAUGCAAAGCUAGAGGAAGAUCCGGAUUUUAAAGUAGAGGAUAUUAAAGGAGAAAUUAGUUCUGAUGAUAACGACGCACUUAUUGAAAUCGAUGAAAAUAAAGCAAAAGAUGAUGAAGAAAAGCCGAUAAAGAAAAAGGAACGAAGAAUACUCACACCAAGACUGAAAUACAAGAAAAUAUUUACAAAGUAUAAAAAAAUUGAAGAUGUUUUGCCAUUUUUUCAAGAGAUAGAAAUGAGUCAACAAGAUAUAAAGCGUGCUUUAGAAAAAGACGAUGCAAUUGUUGACAAAAAGUAUCCUGUUAAAUGUAGCAUAUGCGGUAUGUUGCUUAUGUUUGUCAGAAGUUUGGAAGCUCAUUCAUAUAGAUAUGAUCAUAGAAAAAAUUUUCCCAGUCAAAUAAUCAACAAACGGUUCGUCUACCCACCACUCUCGUUACCUCAGAAAUCCGUCUGGCGCUGCUCCGUUUGCGCGAGAAUGAUGCGCAAAGAGCACAUAGUCGCACAUAUGAAUAGAUACCACUGUUUGCAAUAUUUUUGUAUCGACGACGGAUGUGAGUUGUACCAGAAGGACAAGAAGUACUUUUGGGAAAGUGCGGAUUGCGCACGACACUGGGACGAAGUUCACAAACACUGCGUAUGUGACAUCUGUAAUAAACGUUUCACUAAAAAGAUGUCCUUGGCGGUUCAUAUCGUAGAAUCUCACCGCCCUCCGAAAGCGCCGGAACUCCUCCAAUGCCCUCACUGCCUCAAGACAUUCUCCACACGUAAGAGGCUCUACUGCCAUAAGAAGACACACAUGGAGCCGGAGGUAGAGCCUGCAGAGCUGCGGUACUGCGUCGAGUGUGACACCACCUUUAAGAAUAUCUUCACCUUCAAUUUUCACUUCCGCACCUUUCAUUCGGGGCAGCCUAGGCCUAAGUAUCCGUGCAACGUGUGUGGCAAGGUGCUGCAACGCAAAUCAACUCUUAAACUCCAUAUGGACUACAUCCACAUCGGGGUUACUAAAUACCGUUGCCACGUCUGUGGAAAGUAUCUGUUCAACUCAGGAUGUCUAAAAGAGCAUUUGAAUAAACACAACAAUAUAAUAUCUAAGAAACCCAAGAAGCCUGUAACGUGCACAGUUUGCGGACGCGUGGUGCAGCACCAAAGAAGUCUUCAAGUCCACAUGCACACUCACACAGGCGAACGGCCGUACAAAUGUCCGCACUGUGAGGCCGCGUUCACACAACCAUUCGUGCUGCGCAUGCAUCUGGCUAAACAUCAUAAUGUGAACGCGUCCGUACGAAUGAAUGGAGACAUCAUACCAGUGAUGAAAACUGAUGGAUAGUAGUGUACCAACUUCUUAUUUUUAUCACGGAAUAAAUAGUACUACCGUACAGAAAAAGGAAUUGAUUUGCGCCUAUCAAUGUGCCAUUCUCAAUAAAAAGUGUACUUAUUAUUGGUUGUCAAUAAGGCGCUAUUUCCAUAUAGCUUCAAUUUGAAAUCAACCUUAUCGACAACCGACAAUGUGGUACCUACCAUUUCGUUGAAAACGUCACAAAUGACGCUGAACAUGUCAACCUUAGCAAUUCGCAUUAAGGUUUUUUGAUUGGACUUUCGGAAAAUGUGAUUUGUCUUCAAAGUAAUCAUCAAAGCUGGAAUAUAUUUGAAUUUUUGGAAAAACCUUGCAUUGGUGCGGCUUGGAAAAGGGUUUACAAAUUAUAGUACAUUUACGUAUGUACAUCACAGCAAUCUUUAUUACAAUAUAUUUACAUUAUUUACACAUUACAUCAUUCAUUCUGUACAAAAUAACAAACUAUUUAUUUAA